ACACGGUUGAACAUUGCACACAGAUAUGAAAAAUAUGCGGGAUAUUCAACCCUAAAGCUACGCUGCGUUUCUCAAUGUGUCCUACAUUUACCGAUCUGCGAGAUAACCUCAAAAUUGUGAGUUUUUGACCUGUACAGAUCAUGUUAUUGAGUCUUAAAUGUUUCUCUGACGUUUUAAGCUGUAUAAUAUGUUAAUUUAGAGGUAGCUUAUAGUGGAUAUUGUGUUAUUAUCGUUAAGUGACGAGUGUACGAGCGUGUGUCGAGUUUCGGGCGGCAUUCGUUUUGGAUUACGGAUUUUCGUCACUCAUAUCUCGUACACAGUGAUGUGGUACGUACAAUUGCAGGCAAUAGUUGUUGAUUUAUGAUAGUUUGUGGUUAUAAUUAAUGUGUGGAUGUGAGGGAGCCGUCGAGAAAUGAGCCAGAUGACAACGGACGACAGCAUGAGCGAUGACGUGUUCGAGGAUGAUUCGUUGCGUGCGCCAGCGCAGCGAAGUACGCCCUCUCCAACUGGCUACAGAGAUUACCAAGCUCCCGCGGAGACCCCAGCGCGUACGCAUGUAGACGACGACGUGCCUAUACACAAGACGAUUCUUCUCGGUGACAGUGGAGUUGGGAAGACGUCAUUAUUAGUUCAGUUCGAGACUGGAAAGUUCCAGGCGGGAAAUUUCUCGGCCACAGUCGGUAUAGGAUUUACGGUGAGUACCUUAAUAUCUAAAAAGUUCUAUACAAAUAACAGGUUUCGUAGAUUAAGUUUAAUUAGUUAUUCUUAUUACUUUAUUUAUUAGAAAAAAUCAAAAAUAUCAUUAGGUUUAUUAUUUCUCUACUGUGUUUAAAGAUACUACAUGAAUAAAGAUAUUUCGAAUUUGAAUUUGAACUACAUUUUCGUGUAUAUAAAUGGUUAUGUAUUUAUAGUCUUGUAUUGUUUAGUGAACGUAUCCUAUAGCUGACCACAGGCUACAGGUUAUAACAGAAAACCAGUGUUUUGUCCAGUAGGGCAAAGUUGAGGGGAGGUAUUAUUGAUUUGCUAUGGCACACAAAUGUAUAAUUUGUCUCUGUUUUUUUUUUCUCUGUAAGGUUUUCUAUGUGUGUGACUGAAGCUCACGAAUAAAUGUUUAUUAUAUUUUAACAUUACCACCGUAUGAUGAGGAAAUUUA